GGAAACCCAUCAAAUUUUUUUUUACUAGCUUUCAAUCAUCAACCACAGAAAGAGAAAAAAAAAAAUUUCAGAGAAGAAGAUUAGAUAUGUCUGUCAUGGGCAUUACUAAAGUGGUUUACUACAUGGAUCCAUUGAUGUCAAAAAAUCUGCUUCAAAAAUUUCCUGACAAGUCUUCUGCUUUCGACUUCAACUACUCUCAGAGUUCAAUCUGGUCUCCCUUGGUCCCUCGGCUUCACAGUGCUAUUGAUUUGGAUUUUGAAUAUUUUGGUUUCGUGACACCAAAGAGAAAAUCACUUGGCAGCAAAAGCAAGAUCAAGAAAGUCACUUCUAACAUCAAGAAGAAACUCAAAGUUGCUGCCAAUCUUGUGAAGUCGAAGGCCAAGCACAACAACAACAACAUCAAAACCAAGGCUUCUGACUUCUCCCCAUCUCCUCUCAAACCCACCACAAAGGCUUGUUGGACUAAGGCACUGAAAGCUGGCUCUAAAAAUUUCAAGAAAACGAGGAAAGAUCCCACGGCCCAUGUGAAGCUCUAUACCUAUUUGAUGAGUGAAAAUAUUUGAAGAUUAUUAAUUGAUGGCCUCAAUGCAUAAAUAUGGGUUGGAUUUACUGUUGGGAUUUCGGUAUUUGCAUAUACAAGAGAGCAACCUGAAAAGGGUGGUGAAGAGCAGGGUUUGAAGGAGAGUUUGAUGCUCUAUAACUCUUAGAGCCAAUAGACUCAGCAAGCCCCAUAAUUUGACAAAUUCAUGUGCCCCAUCAUUUACUGGGUUUUGCCAUGUAUAUUAUGUGUCUCAAUUGGGCAAUUUAUCUUUCAUCGUUCUUUAUUUGAUAUGUAAGACGUGAAUUUUGUGAGUACAUAGUUAAAAUCUUUUUUAUUUUUA